AUGGAUCUGGGCCCGUUGAUUUUAGCGGUCUGCUGUGCCCUUUACUCGCUUUCGGGCGGCCGCUGGACUUUUGUCGCCGCGGCGAUAGCAGGAUAUUUUUUUUCCACCAGAAAAGCGCCCGUGGUUCCUGAGUUUUCUGCUUCUGCUGAACAAAAGCCUCUGCCAAUAUAUGAGGUGGAUUUUACCCACUACACGCCGACGGAAAAAAGCACUUUCCCUCUCAAAACUGCCAGAAGAGCCCGCAAAACAAGAUCACCCAAAGUUUUCCGUGGUCUGAAGCCGCCUGCGAAAAAUGGCGAUGCUUCUCUCACCACAGCAUUGAAGCUAGUGGAAUCUCCAAUUUAUAUUUUCUACACCACGCUAACGGGCUCCUCGGAAAGAAUAGCAAAGUCCUUGCAUGCAAAGCUCUCGUCUCUCGACGGCCUUUUGCACCAGCCGCUUUUGCGCUCUUUAGAUGACGAUGUGGACGAUUUGGAGGAGUAUUUUUUGAAGACACCCAAAAACUCCCAGCCAAACAUCUAUCUCUUGGUUUUGCCCUCUUACGAAACGGACUCUCCUAUUGACUACUUCAUAGAGCACCUCACGGACACAUUCCAAGAUUUCCGUGUGGACAAGUACCCAUUGCGAGCCUUGGCCGGUUUCGCUGUUUUGGGGCUUGGAGACUCGGAAUCGUGGGGCGGCGCAAAGUUCUGUUAUCAGGCCCGCUUGGCCGACAAGUGGCUUGGAAAAUUGGGAGCCCGCCGCUUGUUCCCUGUGGGCGAGAUAUGUAUGAAAACCGAAGGGGACCCCAAAGCACAAGACUGGAUCAACGGCUUUAGUGAACUUUUGGCGGACGACACACCAUUCUACAUUGACGAAAAUGAUGCUGCAGACGACAGUGAUGCAGAAAACGAAGAAAUUGACGCAGACGACGUUGUUGACGUCGAAGAUAUGGGCUCCAUCAUCAAAUCGGGGUCGCUAGAGCUCGAAACAAAGGAAAUGGUGGCCCAGGACUCACCAACUUUCCGCUCCUUGACAAAACAAGGAUACACAGUGGUCGGAUCGCAUUCGGGAGUGAAAAUUUGCCGUUGGACGAAAAGUGCCAUGAGAGGCCGAGGCUCAUGUUAUAAGUUUGCCUUCUACGGCAUUCGCUCGCACUUGUGUAUGGAAACCACACCUUCUCUUGCAUGUUCCAACAAGUGCGUUUUCUGUUGGCGUCACGGAACAAACCCCGUGGCCAAGCUGAAUUGGAGAUGGGAGGUUGAUCCGCCCGAAAAGGUUCUUGAAGGAGCGCUUGAAGGUCACUACAAGAAAAUCAAGCAAAUGCGUGGAGUUCCGGGGAUCCAAAUGGACAGAUUUCAGGAAGCAUUUACUGUUCGUCAUUGUGCAUUGUCUUUAGUCGGAGAGCCGAUUUUCUACCCACACAUCAACGAAUUUGUGGGCAUGUUGCACGAGAGGCACAUUUCUUCUUUCUUGGUUUGCAAUGCCCAGCAUCCAGAACCUUUGGCUCGGUUGGCCAAAGUCACCCAGUUGUAUGUUAGCAUUGACGCACCUACAAAGAGCGAUUUGAAGAAAGUCGACCGCCCACUCAACGCCGAUUUCUGGGAACGACUCAUGGCAUGUUUGGACAUUUUGCGCACAACCCAGAGCCACCAAAGAACCGUUUUCCGCUUGACUUUGGUGAAGGGCUUCAACAUGGGCGACAUUGAAAGUUACGCCGACAUGGUGGAAAGAGCUCAACCUUCCCAAAUCGAGGUGAAAGGUGCCACGUUCUGCGGCUCGUCCGCUGGAAAUGGAAACCCAUUAACAAUGCAAAAUAUUCCAUUUUACGAAGAGUGCCGUGAAUUUGUGCAGAAGUUGACCGCAGAACUCCAAAGAAGAGGACUGAAGUACGAGAUUGCUGCAGAACACGCUCACUCAUGUUGUAUUUUGAUUGCUCAUUCGAAGUUCAAAAUCAACGAUAAAUGGCACACACAUAUUGACUAUCCACGGUUCUUUGAGUUAUUGGAAAGUGGUGAAGACUUCUGUGACAUGGAUUAUGUGAAAGAAACUCCGUCAUGGGCCAUCUGGGGCUCCCCAGAGGCCGGCUUCAAUCCUGAAGAUACCAGAUACGACAGAAAGGCAGAAAAGUUGAGAAAGAAAAAGGAACGGGAAGGAACGGCCUGA